AUGGCCAACGAUACCAGUAUGCCGCGACGUAAACGAGAUGAGGACCGUGCGAGCUCACCAGUGGAGAAACCCAAAACACCACAUAGGGUCAAGCGUACUCGAGUUUUAUCACCUGUUUCUCCAGAUAACCACCUUCUACCCCAACAUGAGCUCGAUUUGAGCAUCCCAUCACAUAUUCGGCGACUUGUCAAGGGCAAAUAUGUCCAGAGCGGGAGCGGAUUCAUCGAUAUGACCUGCGACGCAGAUGAAACGGGAGAUAGCUCUGGUAGCUCGGACACGAGUAUACAUGUCCGAAUGGAUGUCGUACGCUUCGACUGGCCUUCCAGAUUCACCCAGAUUGAUAACCCCAGGGCGAAGACUAUCCACAACCGGGGCGAUAGUACUCCAGAUAGAUUUAUUCCACGCCAUGACGACUCAGUACUCAGGUCCACUCCCCGAUCCGCUCGACUAGCGAGGCAUGUGGAAUUCGUUGUUGACGGAAGCGGUCCAGCAUUCGAACAGAGGAUGAAGAAGGCAACUGCCAAAUUGCGGCUGUCUAAACAAGCAGAGAAUAUUGGAGAAGAGUCGUUUGCAAGGCGGGUUAUGCAGGCCGGAGAAAGAGACUCUCAGAAUCCUUUCCUUCAGUCCGAUUCGGACUCACGUCUCUCUAUCGCUUCGACCCUGCGACAACUUCCGCACGAACGUGCUCUCCUGCUUCGUUCUGCAUCUUCCCUUAUUGCGCCGCCGAAAACUCGAGGUCCUUCGCCUUCAAGCCAGUUUCAUAUGCAAAGAGCACCAAUUCAUGUAUACGAUGCACCAGAAAUAUUAGAGGUAAUGACUAUUAUUCGUCGCCGUUUGCAUGGUCAACUAAUGACACAUUCGCGUGUGCAUUGGGAUCGGCUGUUCUUCAGCAAAGUUUCUGGUAACAGACUCUUGAACAUUGAGCAGUUACGUAGCGCUCCAGGUUUGAAGAGCGCUGUAGAAUGGUGCGACAACGCUCUGGCGGUUGGCCAGACCGACGGUUCACUCUCACUAUACGAUACUGCCACUAAACGGCAAACAUCGGCUUUACUUCCCUCCAGCCCCAACUCGUCUCAGAUCUGCGCCUUGAGCUGGACCGGUAAUUUGUUGGCCGCUGGGUUGGAUGGAGCUGCACUCUUAUGGGACAUUCGGCAACCUUCCCGUUCUACUGGGCGUCAGCCGAUAACAAAACUCACUACCCACGGGCCACACAAAGUCUGUGGAAUCAAAUGGCGCCCAGAUGGUGAGAUGUUGGCUACGAGCGGAGACGAUAACGCUGUGUGUGUUUGGGACAUGAGGACGUUAAAGAAGCCUCUGAUUAAAAGCACCGCUGGGAGGGUUGCGUGGAAGAAGAAGGGACAUUGCAGUGCCGUCAAGGCGUUAGCAUGGUGCCCAUGGUCGCCGACCGUCCUCGCAUCUGGAGGUGGAAAAUCCGAUGGGACAGUUAACUUUUGGUCUGCCCAAACAGGAACAUUAAAGCACACUCUUUCACUCGGGUCACAGAUUACGAGCAUAUUCUUUUCCCCCGUCUGCCGCGAAAUCGUCACCACACAUGGUUUCCGGGCACCCUCUCAGGAAGUAGAAACCGCCAACUCGAUCAUCACCCACACGUACCCUUCACUCAACCGCCUGACGCAUGUCCCUAAUCUUCACGGAAUGCGAAUCUCGCAUGCGAGCUUAAGCCCUGAUGGGAGCCGGCUCAUGACCGGUGGAACUUUUGAGGCACUUGUGAUGUGGAGCGUGUGGGGUGCUGCUGGAAAGAGAGAAGAAACAAGUGUUGGGAAUUUCGUUGGAUUAAUUCGGUAG